AUGCCCAUGAAUUUUGAGAACACCAAGGCAUACCGAGCCGAUGAGCAACUGGGCCAUAGCCUUCUAUCAGAGGCACAGAGACAGGCUAUCUUCAAGGCCUCGCUUCCUGCGCCGAAUGAUGGAUCGACCGUCGCGAACAAGCCUGGUCAAGCACAGCGCAGAUCCCGACUCGGCGUUAGACGCUUUAUAAAGAAUCAAAUCUUUGUCGUCGUAUUCGCUCUUAUGCAUGGCAUCUUCUCUCUAUACAUCAAAUCGCGACAGACAUGGCACGGCGUGUCCUACCAGAUAUCUUCUAUUCUCUACUACCACCAUGCCACGCCGCAGUAUAUUCGACGAGACAUUAUGGGACUGACCAAGAGGCCCAAGCAUCUCAGCACAAUCUUGAAGACCGAGGGGAAGCAUAGGGCGAAAAACGACCUCGAUCGGUUGAUUGACGAAACAGCUGAGCUUGCCACUUGGUGUGCAUGCGCAGAGAUUCCCAUGCUCUCAAUAUAUGAGAAAUCAGGUGUCUUGAAGAAGCAUAUGCCUCGAGUCUAUGAGGCCGUCAUCCAGAAAUUCACAUUCUACUUUGGCGCCGAGCACCCGACGCUGUCUGUAACUUCUCCUCACCAGGAUGAUUUCCCCACCCGCAUGCUGGAGGAGAGCAGACAUGGACACUUGCAGCUUCACCUAAUUUCCUACCAAGAUGGAAGAGAGUCUAUCGUGGAUCUUACGAGAACUCUCGCAGACAUGUCGCAACGCGGCAAGAUCUCCCCGCGAGAUAUUUCCCAAGAGCUCAUUGACGCCGAGCUAUCGGAGGGCAUCCUUCCAGAGCCCGACUUGCUGAUUCUCUUCACUCCUCACGUCGAGCUGUCGGGCUAUCCACCGUGGCAAAUCCGACUGACUGAGAUCUUCUGCCUACAAGACAACGAGACGUUCGGCUACCAAGUGUUUUUGAAGGCUCUGAGAAAUUUUUCUUCUGCGCAAUUCCGUCGUGGCAAAUAA